ACAGAAGAGAGCGCUCUGCUAUAGGUCUUUGCUGAACAGCAAAGAUCUUCCAGUGCCAAACAGACGUGAGCAAAGACGUGAGGGUGGUGUGGAGUAAAUAAGAUCCUAUAGCGAAUUCUAUAGCUAUACGAUCUUUGCUGAACAGCGGCUGCUGCCGGGCGGAUAUUGCCGUCGUCAAGGGGAAGUCUGUGGGCGGGCGAAAGAGCGGGCUCUGGCGAGCGAAAGCUCUUUGCUGGGGAGCGAAAGUCAAGACAGUCGGAGACGGCGUUCCCGCGAGCGGCAACGACUCUUCUAUCUCCGUCCCGUACACAUGGGCGGGCGAAGAGAUGACAAACACAAGAAGGCUGCGGGUUUGCGAGCGACUGGAUUACCGGGCCAUGGGAUCCCCCUCAGCGCAUUGAGCCCCAACUUCCUCCACACAAACUCCACCAGUCAUACUUGGCCCUUCAGUGCCGUGGCAGAGCUGAUAGAUAAUGCAUAUGAUCCUGAUGUAAACGCAAAACAAUUGUGGAUUGAUAAGACCACAAUAAAAGGACAUAUUUGCCUGAUAUUCCUUGACAAUGGCCAGGGAAUGAAUCAUGACAAGUUGCACAAAAUGCUAAGCUUUGGAUUCAGUGACAAAGUUACGGUAAAGGGGCACGCUCCAGUUGGACUUUAUGGCAAUGGUUUCAAAUCUGGAUCAAUGCGGCUGGGAAAAGAUGCAGUAGUUUUCACAAAAGAUGGAGCAACCCGUAGUGUAGGCUUCUUGUCCCAGACCUACCUUAAAGCAGUGAAAGCAGAAAAUGUGAUUGUACCGAUCAUUUCCUACGGCCAUAAAAAGCUUUUAAAUGAAGACAUGCAAUUAAGCUUGAACGCAAUUUUGUCCCAUUCUUUAUUCAAAACUGAACAGGAGCUUCAUGCUGAACUGGAUGCUAUCUCUGGAAGAAAAGGAACAAGGAUUAUCAUUUGGAACAUGAGAGGAACCAAGGAUGGAAAGCCAGAGUUUGAUUUUGAUAGUGACAAGUAUGAUAUCCGAAUCCCUGAAGAAAUUUUGAAUGACAGCACGGAGAAGAAAAAAUACAAAAGGCAGGAUCGGGUGGAUCAGUUUACGCCGGAAAGCGAUUAUUCAUUACGGGCUUAUUGUAGUAUUUUAUACCUGAAGCCACGUAUGCAAAUAAUUCUUCUAGGAAUGAAGGUUAAAACACAACUUAUUUCCAAAAACCUUGCUCAUAUUGAACACGAUACAUACAGGCCAUCAGCAGUUAAAAGAAACGUAAAAAUAACGUUUGGCUUCAAUUGGAGAAACAAGGAACAUUAUGGGAUAAUGAUGUAUCACAAAAACCGUUUGAUUAAACCCUAUGAGAGAGUUGGUUGUCAGCUUCUUACAAAUGAUGUGGGAGUGGGUGUCAUUGGAGUUAUUGAAUGUGACUUUCUCAAGCCCACACACAAUAAGCAAGACUUUGAUUAUUCGAACGAAUACAGACUGACUGUUAAGGCGAUUGGUAUGAAACUUUCUGAUUACUGGAAUGAGAAAAAGAAUAGACAGCGUGACUUAUCGAACGUUCCUGUUGAAGAUUCUCUGAAAGUCCCUGAUCAAGUAUGGGUUCAAUGUGAUGGCUGCUUGAAAUGGCGAAAGCUUUCAGAUAUGGCAAACCCAGAUAUGCUUCCUGACAAGUGGUUCUGCGGUAUGAAUCCAGACACAAAUUAUAGCAAUUGCAGUGUCCCAGAGGAACCUGAAGAUGAUACUGACGAUGGCCCCAGUUAUUCGAAAAAACAUAAAAAGCAAGAACAGAAGAAAAGUGGAAAAACUCAACAAAUUGUGGAUAAAACCAAUCAGCUAAACCUACAGAAAAUAAUUCAGAAUUAUGGUCGGGAAGCUAACGCUCUUCUAAAGGAACAGAAGAGGUUACAUGCACGGCUUCAAGUGCCUGGGCAAAAGGAUUCUCCGGAAACUGCUGGAGUAUCUUCGAGUAUACCAAAGAUCACAAUCUGUGUGGUUGGUGGAGAAAUGAGUGUGAAAUCUGAUAUGGAAGGCACUUCAUCUCUUGCUUCUGUCUCUCCUUUAAGUAGUCUUAAAAUUAUGGAUGUCAAAUCACUGUCAUCUCCACAAAUAUCAACUGAUGGUGAAAGUCCUAAACGAAAACUUGACUAUAACGAUGCAACUCCAAAUCCAAAAAAACAAAAAAAAAAUGAUGGACGUUCACACGACAUGUCUAAGAAUGGUGAUGCAGCCAGAGACCUCAGUUUUGAAGAUGACAUAAUCCUUCUUGAAGAGAAAAGUACACCAAAGCAUGAAGAAAAUUGUGACUCGUCAAAGGUUAAAAAAGAGGACAGUGUGGACAUGUCAUGUUUUAACAACUGCAAUGGUAAUGAUUUGCCCAGGAGUCGUGAAGCAAUAUCUUCAGCUACGCAAACAAUGAACUUGAAAGUCUUUGUCAAGGAAGAGGGAACUACAUCUCCAGAUCAGAGCUUCUCUGGAGGUGCUACUGAAGAGAGAGUACAAAUUCACCCGCCCCAUAAUGUCUCACUUUCUUGCUCAUCAGAAAGUGUAGAUGAAAGUAGCAAAAUGAUAAAAAUCCAGCAAAACUUGAAAUCCAUGACCGAACAGAAGGACAGCUUGAAGGCAACAAAUGAAUUGUUAGAAAAGAAACUGAAAACGUCACAAAAGCUUCUUGAAAUAUCUGGUAAUCACGCUAAAAAGGAGCUCUGCCACCAGUGGACCCAGUAUGAGUCCAUCAUGGGGGAUGAGACCGAGCGCGUGAAAGAUUUCAACAACUUGAGCAAUUUCCAAAAGACAGUCCAAUACAUGCUUGCACUGAAGGAAGUGGAAUUGUUAAAGCAACAGAGCCAGGCAUUGGUGAAUCCCAAGCAGGAAUGCUGCAUAGAAAAAGAGGAAGACAAACAAGCCCAGCAGCUCGAGGACAUGUCGCGGCAGCUAGAUACCUGCAAAUCAGAGCGGGAUCAAUUAAAGGAUAAAGUUGACCAACUGCAAAAAGAAAAUGAUGCAUUUCAGUUGCACUGUGCAAAUCUUUCGAAUGAAGUUGAAUGUUUAAAACAGGAAGUCACUGAAGCAAGGCCGAGCAAGUCUUCAGCAAAUACUGGUGCGGAACUCAAGUCUCUACGGAUUGGUGUUGCACAGCUUCUGCAAAAUAUUAUACCUGAACUGGACUUGAAACAAAUAAAUUACGAAUCAAAUGUUGUUGAUGAGAUUUUGGACCAGGUUAUCUCUGCAUCAUGAAGAUCAUCUCCUGUUUUGCAAUCAAGAUGCAAUGUGAAGAAAUUAGAUGGAUUAUAUAACAAAGCCAAUAGCCUUGAUAAACCAGAGCUUAAAGUGAAGCAGACAAUGCACUUCUGUCAUGAAAAUGAUUUCUCUUCUGAUCUAAAAUGUUAAUUUCCCGUCUGGUAUACAGUUGCUGCCCCAGGAAGUCUAUUGGAGCAGUUUGAAGCAAAUGGAAAUUAUUAAUUUGCAGUAAACAGUUCAAACUAGUAUUAAAAUAUUCUUGGAGGAAAAUAAAUUGCAGGUGCUGGAUAUCUGAAAGCAGAAAAACAGUUAAUAUUUCAGGUUAAUGAUAAGUCGUUGGUCUGAAACAGUAACUAUGCUGCCAGACUCGUUGAGUAUUCCCAGUAUUUCCUGUUUUUGUUGUUUUUUUUUUAACUGCGCGUGUAGUUCAAGAGUUUCAGUACAUGUCAUGCUUGCAAUGCCGAUUUGAUUAGCUGCAUUGUAGCUUGUUUUAUUUCUCAAGAUCUCGCAGAACUUUUACUGUAAAUGGACAUGGCAUAAUAUUUAGUAAAGCUUGCAGCACAAAAGCAGAUUAAGCCAUUGGAAUAAUAAUUGUAAUCAACUGGUUCUUCCAUUGGUAAUGAAUUUGCACUGCACAAUCACUGUCGGGUGUCAGUCAUCGAAGUUAUUUUUGUAUUGGAGAAAAUGCAGUUGAUGCACCGUGCAGAAUGCCACAGUUAAUUCCUUUCUGCAAUUGAAACUUGUAAAACAGUGAAGAACUUGUACAUAUUUGUACAUUUUGAAAAAUAAAUAUUCAAAUUUAGUUGAUACAAACAAUGUGCGGAUAUAAAGUGAGGUAAUGUAACUUUUUUACCCGGUUGUUUUUCUUCAAUUUCUUCAUUUUUUUACAUUUACUACAAUAUUUUUAUUGUUCUGUGGGUUUGUAAACAAUGCAUGUACAAUUGAUUGCGGAACUGUUUACCAUUUAUGAACAUUGUUAAACAAAGUUUACUUCAAAUACAAUAUCGUGUUGUUCAGGGAAGAUAUAUAUAUGUAUAGUCAAUAUUCAGAAUGGUAAUGUAUAUCCUUUGUUUUUAUUAUUUCUUUUGUCUAAUGUCUUUGUACUUGCUGGGAGCUCUUAUUAUCUCAUCUUUAGCCUGUGGUGGUUCGAGGCUUUUUCAUUUGUGGAAUGUACCUCAUCAGAUUUCUCAUUAACUGUUAACACUGUCAUAUCCAGUAUUUCAAUCUGGGUUUUCAGAUGCUAUCAGUAUCAGUGGCUUGGCAUGUUCAUUCUUCCACGAAGCCAUGAGUUUUCAGCUCAAUAAUUUGCCUUGACGCACAUAAUUUAACAAUGGAAAAGCAGGUUGAGCAACUUUACUGAUCAAUAUUUUUUACUGGAAGUCACCAUGUUCUAAGGGCAGAAACAGGUUUUGAGUUCAGGCUCUCUCAUGACUUGUCCUUGAUUCAAGUAUUAGAAACCAACCAGUGUCUAAUAUCGUGUCUCCCAAUUAAAAUUCAAAAUCCUCAGUAGAAGCAACACAGAGGGUAAUUCUAUGUAAUGUGUAGUAUUAAAUGGAAUGAUCAUAAAAUUUAACUUCAGUUUCGAUUUUGGGUAGCCUAUAAACUUUCCUCCCACGCACACAAAUUGAAAAUAAUUUGUCAUGCAUGAAUUAUAAAUAUAUUGAUUUAUCUCCUGCCUCAGAUGCAGAUAAAGGA